UCGAAUCAUCGUAAUACGCAAUAGAAACAGGCCCUAAAAAAACAAUUGAACAUCCGCCAUUGUGGUACAAACUUAUAAACCCUGUGAGCCUUUUUAGCUAUGACGCCUUCUUAUUAUUAAUUCUAUAUGCUGAAAACAGUAGUGAAAGUCAGCAGCAUCGCAGUAGUUGCAUAUGCAGCCAUUAUUGCGAUAUUAAGUUUUGAUACACCACAACGAUGCUUAAUGUUUUUACAUUGGGUAAGAUUCCCUUUACACCCAAAGUUUGACACGCCAGAAUACUUUGGAUUUGGACACAAUCACGGUAGAAACAUCAAGAUCCAAACGUCUGAUAAUGUGACCCUUGGCGCUUGGCAUUUUGUGCCCAAAAACUAUUACGAUAAGCAUCAGUUACGCGAACAAGCAGAUGUAGAUGAGCAAGUUUUUGACGAAGCACUUGCCGAUCCAUUAUAUGACACGAUUAUUUAUUUUCACGGUAAUGCGCUUGACCGAGCUGCGCCUUGGAGAGUUGAUCUUUAUAAGCAAAUCUUGAAUAGAUUUGGUAAGGUUAACAUCGUCACUAUUGAUUACCGUGGAUUUGGUGACUCUGAGUCAUCCCCGUCUGAAUUUGGACUUGCUUUGGAUGCACACGCAACAUUAAAGUGGCUAAAUGAUCGAAAUGUUCCAAACAGUCGUGUUAUUCUAAUUGGGCAUUCUCUCGGCACUGGUGUAGCUACCACUUUAGCAUAUGAUAUGGCAUUAUCUGAUAAACCAGCCAAAGCCCUUAUCUUGAAUGCAGGGUACAGUUCGAUGGCCACUCUUAUUUUUGAGUACAAUGUACUUCCAUUUUUACCACUUUUGGCGCCGAUAAAACGUAUCCCAGAUUUAGAACAGUGGCUGUUAUCCAAAUUGAAUCAUAAAUUUGACUCUUUGUCUAGAAUUGGGUACAUUCAAUGUCCCUUAUUGAUCAUUUAUGGUACCGCUGAUAUGGAGAUUCCUAUCGUACAUUCUCAGAGGUUAUUUCAAAGAGUUAUUUCAGGACUCAAGAACACAAGCAUAGAACAAUUAGAGAAGAACCAUGAAAUCUCUCGCACUGUCGUUCCUAAUGAAGCUAUUGUUUACCAGUCUAAAAAUUCAAAGGUGGUCAUGGUCGAACUUAAACAUGCUCACCACAACAAUGUGGGAUAUUUUGAUUACACUUACCAAUCAAUGAAAGAUAUACUUUAGUAUCACGGAGUAGUAAAAUUUGGUUUGAAUCACACCCAAUCGCCUCUUUUUUUUUUUUUAACUUUCAUGCCUUUAUAAUAAACAGGAUUUUUAUUUAUUUUU